UGUAUAUGUGUGUAUAUGACUGUGCUGAGAACUACAGGUAUUUCGAAGUAUGAUAUCGGUACGAUUGCGUCACUGGCAUUCGGUUGCUGGUGAGUCAGAGAAAAUCGAGCUCUCUGCUUAGCGACACUGAUUGCUCGUCUCCCAUAGUAAUACCGACGUCCAAUUAGCUAUUCGAUGCCUUCAGAAAUGAAUUUACCUACGAAUAUGUCGUUCAUUUGAUGAAUACCAUCAGCUGUCAUGUGCUGCUUUGUAUUAUAUCUUCAUUUGUUACAUCACGAACGCCUUAGCACAUCCCAUUGUUCUGUGUUUUAACUUAUUGAGAUUUUUAGUUAUGCUCUCUUCCCACAUCCUUGCAUUCUAAUCACUUGUAAUGCUUGAAGAGUUAUUCUUUGUAGUUACAAUUCUCAGAGUUUCUUUAGAACAUUUCUGCAAGAAACAAAGGAGCGAUCCUGCAUUUCUUUCAGGGUUAGAAUCAUAUUGGAUAGAAAAAUGUAUUAUUUAAAAUUAUACCAGUAACCUUGUUGAUAUAUUCUGUUAUAUCAUUAUAUCCAUUUGGAACGGGCUAAUAAGAAAAGAAUAUAAUAGGGUGUGAUGUCCUGAAGAAGGCAAAAUGUCCAUCUAUUAUUAUCAAAAAUUUAGUUAUCCAAAAAUUGCCAAAUUUUUUCAUCUAGAGGAUACUGGGCCUUGAGUCGGUCCAUCUAUAAAGAUGACCACGAAAUAUAAGAUUAAUCGAAUACUCUAUGACCAUCUGUGAGCAACCAGUUUUUCAAUGAGAACAAAAUUGCAUGUCUGCCAGGAAUACACGAGUCUUUACAACAUCAAUGAAUUUUCAAGUGCAGAAAUUUAAAUUAAAACGGGAUCGUGUACUAGACGAUGUCCAGAAAGUGCAAGGAUCCUCACUGUACAAGAAACCGGAAAGAUAACAAGAGAGGAAGUUAUGUGAGUGAGAACAGGAAGAAACCAUCAAGGAAAAAAAUUCGUACUGUGAAUAAUUCCCAUAAUCCUUCAAGACACAGAAAAAUGAGAGAAAAUUAUAAUAAAGAAUUUAAUUGCGGACCUGUUAAUGAAGGUUUUUCACCUUGUCCAUUUGUAUCUACUUCUCCACAGAAUUACAAAAAGGGACCUUCCACUGGAACACAUAGAGUGCGAUGCUCCAAAAAGUCAGGAAACCAUAGCCCACAAAAGAGAGAAAGAGAGAAAGACUCAAGGAUCUGGAAAACAAAAAAUAAAAAUAUUUGCUGUUCCUGUGUCGAUAGAUUGAAAAUGGAAAAGAAAUGUAUCUGUGGAUUAAUGGCAAAGGAAUUUAAAAACACGUUGCCUUGCAAAUGUGGAAAAACUAUUAAGAAAUCAAAGGAGAAUUAUGUUCUCUGUCCUUCCUUCUCAUUUCAUGCUCAUUGUCAGUGCCACAGUCACUGUGAUAAGUAUAGUGAUAAAGUCAGAAAGGAUCACUCAUGCGAGUCUAACAAAUCCACAACCUCUACCUUUCAUAAACUGUGCUCUUGCUUUAGAAGGAAAUCAAACUCCACGCUAUCUCAGUUAUCAUCCACACAAUGUCUCUGUAGGGAUUGUACAGUAGGGUCAUCUGAGUUCUAUAAAUCUUCUGAAUUUCAUAAUACUCAAAACCCUCAUGAAACUAACAAGAAAAAUGUAUUAUAUCCGCUUGAAAAUAUUCACAAAAUUGAAUGCUGUAAAUGCUUACAAGAGAAACAGGAUAUGCCAAACCAGUACAAAGAAUCCUGUUGUAAAUGUAUUAGGAAGAAAACAAAAAUCUGCACAAAACCAUCUUCAGAAAGUACCAAAAUAACAAAGUGUAAGAAAACAAAAAGAAGUAAGAGAAGUCGUUAUUCUUCUUCAGAGUGUAAACGUAGAUCAAUUCGUGAGAAAGGUGGCGGUUCAAAAAGCUUUACACCCGCUGCUAGCUUUGCCUGUGUCCUAAAGGAACGUGAAGAAAUUAGUCCAUUACAGAGUUCACAAUCUAAUAAUACGAAUAAGGGUAGCAGUUCACUGACCCUGGAAGACAAUCAAGCAUCUUGCUUUGAGUGUCAACAGAGAAUUCAUAGGCCUGAAAAGUUAAGUAGUCAGAUAAUAGUGUCUACUGAGGAAACAGUAAGAAGAGAUGAGAAGAAGAAGAAGAGGAAGAAUAAAGGAAGUAAAGUACAAGGGAGUAGAAGUACCCUGAUGGGAGUAAUAUUUGACAUCAUUUUUUGGCCAUAUGCAUUUUGGCCUGGUCGAAGAACUCGUGGUCAAUUUUACAGGACAGCAAGCAAGUAAUCUGAACAGAUUUUGAAUCCAGCAUGAGAAGCGAAUCUUGCAAAAUGACAAUAUGGCGAUCUAAAACAUAUGUAAAGCUUAUGAGUAAGAGCAAUAGGAAGUUGAAAGGCGCAAGUUUUGGGCCAGGGCCAAUCGCGAAGU